AUAUGUUUCUACGUUCAGUUUGGCGGCAAAAUCAGUCGCGUUGACAGUUCUUAUUUUUUUUUCAGUCAAUGACAAUCGGAUAAUGCGGGUUUAUUGACUAGAUUUCAUUACAAUGUUUGUGUAUGUUAGGUGAAACAGUGAUCUUACGAAAUUGUUUUUUUAAAAAUGGCGGUUAAAUUUGUUUAUCUGUUGUUUCUGUUUUCUUUAGGACAAUGCUCUGUGAUUAUACCUGAGGAGUUGCCGUCGCUGUUGUCCGUUGCUUAUUCUAAUAUUCCACCUAUCAAAAAAGGCACAGACUCUAGAGUUGGCUUUGGGUUUGCGUUCGGAAACCACGCUGACUUUCAGGUCAUGUUCGAACUGGGACCACAGACUAACACAAUGAAUCUUACUGGACAACCGUUCGGGUCGGGGAGCAACAAACGACAAGCGCCGGCCUUGCCACCGCUCAAAGUUAAUAAAAAUAGGGAAAAGUUCCUUCAAACGGACGCCGGAAAAUAUCUUCAGAGCUGGGCGCAGAAGAUGAAGAGCCCAUCAAAAGUUGUUCACAAAAGACCAGAUACGAGUAGACCGGGAGAAGUAAUGAAUCUAGAAGAUUCCGUGGUUGAAUUGAUUAAGAACGAAAAAGGAGAGUACGAGAUUCAUCAACCAAAACCGGGACAUAUGCCUCAAUUCGUUUUAGAUAACCUCAAAAAGCUAUACGGACAAAAGAAAGAAGAAGCACAGAGGUUAGGAGACCAGAAAAGGACAGAAGAUGUUCGAAAAAUAACUGAAGAUUUGUCUAAUGUUGAUUUAGAUUAAGAAAUAAACGAUAACAAAUAAA